AUGGCCAUGAGAUCCCUGGCAGGUGAAUGCAAGGGCCAUGUGGCCAACGUCCUCAGCGCAUGCUUCGGGCAUGGGGACUUCACUGUGGCUGUAGUCCCCCCAGGAGAUGGCGCAGAUGGGGCUGACGACAUUAAGAUGGCAGAGUUCCGAGUGUGGUCGGUGUUGCUCUCCAAAUGGUCGCCGGUGUUUGACAAAAUGAUGAGUUCGCCAGACUUUGUGGAAGCCAACGAAAGCCAGGUGGUCAUCGCAGACUUUUCGGCGGAUGCUGUGGAGACGUUUCUUCGCUUUCUCUACUCGGGGGCCAUCGAGGGCUCCUUGGCGACCCUCGUGGAAGUGGCAGCCAUGGCGGAUAAGUACCAGGUUGACGAGCUCUUGGUUCUGUGCACGGAGGUCCUCCAAGAGCAACUCACACAGCGGCCCGACAUGGCGUGCGAGCUCUUCGCUUGUGCCGACCGCUUCCAGGUGGCGAACCUUCGCUUGGAGGCGCUGGAGCAGAUCUGGAUCCACGCCUCCAAGGCGCUGCCGCGCACGCGGCCCAACUUGAGUCCCAAGCUGCUGGACGAGGUGUUGAACUUGGACUUGUUGUGUGCGGAGACGGAAGCUGGGCUUUGGAGUACCAUAGUUUAA